AUGAACCGCUUCAAAAAUUUAUCGACGACGAAUAAAUUUGACAAGGAUCCAUCACAGGAUAAUUUUCAAAGUGCUGAAGACGAUAAUGGAGAUGAAAUUGAUUCAGAAAUAAGUGAAGAUGAAACUGAUAGUAGUGAAGGUGAUAAUGAACGUGAAAAUGGUUCAGAAAUAAGUGAAAAUAAUUUUAAAUAUGAAGCUAGUUCUACUGAAAAUGAAUCUGAAGAUGAAGAAGUCGAUAGCAUAACAACAUUAUUGGCUGCUGCACCUUCUGAUUGUUCAUGGACACAACAUUUUCGUCCACUUUUCGUACACGAAUUUCAACCAUCCAAGAAAUGUAUCAACGUAUUACCAUCAUCUCCUGCACAAACAUUUAGAGGAUUGUUUUCUGAUCAAAUUUUUAAUCUUAUCCUUGAACAAACAAAUAUCUACGGACGAAAGAAAUAUGAAAAAGCAGAAAGUACGAUUAGUUGGACUGAUGUUACACAAGCUGAAUUAGAACAAUUCCUUGGCAUCAAUAUCAUUAUGGGUUAUUCUAAAAAUCCUUCAGUUGAUUCCUACUGGUCUACAGAUGCAUCACUAAGAAACGAAAAGAUUUCAACAACAAUGGCAUGUAAGAAUUUUAAAAGAAUCUUAGAAAGUUUGCAUCUAGUAGAUAAUUCAAAAUCAAAGGCAAAUAUUGAUUUACAAUCCGACAAAUUAAUUAAAGUUAAACAUUUUCUCGAACUAUUGUUACACAAUUUUCAAAUACACUUCGAUCUGAAGAAAAACUUGACAAUCGAUGAAAUGAUGAUAAAGUUUAAAGGAAGAUGUUCAUUUAAACAAUAUAUAAAAUCAAAAUCGAUUAAAAGAGGGUACAAAGUCUGGGUGCUGGCUGAUGCAUUGACUGGUUAUGUGUACAAUUUUCAAAUUUAUACUGGCAAAUCAGCCGAAAGGCAGAAACCUCUUGGCGAACAUGUUGUUUGGUCAUUGACUAGAGAAUUAUCAAUGAGAUUUCAUCAUAUUUAUUUCGAUAACUUUUUUGCGUCUCCAUUACUUGUUGAACAACUUCUUGAAGAUGGAAUAUAUUGUACCGGUACUAUCAGAACCAACAGAAAAGGGAUUCCAGCUGAACUUAUUCGCAAUAUAAAAAUGAUUCGUGGUGAAGUCAAAUUUUUAUCCAAAAAUUCUAUUUCAAUUGUGAAAUGGAUGGAUCGAAAACCGGUAUAUAUUAUGUCAAAUUUUGCUGAUCCAACAAAAGUAAAAGCAAUUACUCGAAGUUUGAAAGACGGACAAAAAAUCGAAGUAAACUGUCCUAUGAUGAUUCUGGAUCACAAUUUUGGGAAGGUUGGAGUCGAUCGGGCUGAUCAAAGAAUUGGAAUUGAUCUUAUCCUCGGCAAAACUCAGCUUGGUGGAUUUUAUUUAGUGUUUGGAAAUAUUCCGUUUCAUUUUAUCCCAAACUAA